UCUUUUAUACACAGAGCUAAACCAUAAAAGAUUUUACACCUGUUUAUAUGUCAGAAGUACCUGGCACCUAGUGGGUGCCUAUCUUUUCAGUGAAUAACUGAAUUAAAAACUGAAAGCCCUCAGUAAACGGACACCCACAUAUUACUAUACCAUUACUAUCGGCAUCCACUAGUCUUCCCACAGUUCAACUCACGUGGGCCGCUAAAUGGUAUUUAUUGGCCGGCUUCACGCGAAUGAGAUGCGAUGGACGUGAUGCAACUCAUCUUCCAUGGUCAACUUCUUACCGGUGACGCUAACCAAUCAAAAAGCAUCUUCCCUCCGCCAAGUCUCUCCACCUGCCCAGACGGGGAAGGGGCGGGGCUAGCGCUGGGCGCGGAGGCGUCACGUACUCCAUGGUAACGACGCUCGGCCUGAAGAUGGCGGCCGAGUUGGGUAGAGGAGAGGGCUCCCGGGGUCCAGGCCGGGGCCCGAGUCAGUGGCACUGGAGCGGUUCUUUGUGGAUCCGAGGCGUUUUACUCCUGUUGGGCGGGCUCCGCGCAAGCGCCACAUCGAUUCCUGUCUACUUGGGCAAUUCUCCUCCCUGCCGGCACCACGUCCCCUCUGACUCCGAGGUCAUAAAUAAGGUCCAUCUUAAGGCAAAUCAUAUUGUAAGGAGAGAUGUUAAUGAACAUUUAAGAAUCAAGACUGUCUACGAUAAAAGUAUUGAAGAGUUGCUUCCCGAGAAAAGAUACCUUGUAAAGAACAAACUUUUCCCACAAGCUGUUUCUUAUUUAGAGAAGACUUUUCAGGUGCGCAGACCCGCGGGCACUAUCUUACUUAGCAGACAAUGUGCAACAAACCAGUACCAAUACCUGCGGAAGGAAAAUGAUCACCAUAGAUGCUGUACUGAGGAGUGUGCAGAGCAUACAAAAUGUGGCCCAGUUAUAGUGCCUGAGGAGCACCUCCAGCAAUGCAGAGUCUGCUGUGGGGGAAAGUGGCCCUGUGGAGCAGUGGGUGUGCCAGACCAAGAGGGCGUCCGGGAUGCAGACUUUGUUCUUUAUGUUGGUGCUCUGGCCACGGAGAGGUGCAGCCAUGAAAACAUCAUCUCUUAUGCAGCCUAUUGUCAGCAGGAAGCAAAAAUGGACAGGCCAAUAGCAGGAUAUGCUAACCUGUGUCCAAAUAUGAUCUCUACCCAGCCUCAGGAGUUUGUUGGGAUGCUGUCCACAGUGAAACAUGAGAUUAUUCAUGCCCUGGGUUUCUCUGCUGGGCUGUUUGCAUUCUACCAUGAUAAAGAUGGAAAUCCUCUAACUUCAAGAUUUGCAGAUGGUCUCCCCCCUUUUAAUUAUAGUCUUGGAUUAUAUCAAUGGAGUGAUAAAGUAGUUCGAAAAGUGGAGAGAUUAUGGGAUGUUCGAGAUAAUAAGAGAGUUCCUCACACUGUGUAUCUGCUGGUAACACCUCGUGUUGUUGAUGAAGCACGAAAACAUUUUAACUGUCCAAUCCUGGAGGGAAUGGAACUUGAAAAUCAAGGUGGUAUGGGCACUGAGCUCAACCAUUGGGAAAAGCGGUUAUUAGAGAAUGAAGCCAUGACUGGGUCUCACACUCAAAACCGAGUCCUCUCUCGAAUCACUCUGGCGUUAAUGGAGGACACUGGCUGGUACAAAGCUAAUUACAGCAUGGCUGAGAGGUUGGACUGGGGCCGAGGAAUGGGCUGUGACUUUGUCAGGAGGAGCUGUAAAUUCUGGAUUGAUCAGCAAAGACAAAAGAGGCAGGUGCUGAGCCCUUACUGUGACACACUCAGAAGUAACCCAUUGCAGUUAACUUGCAGACAGGACCAGAGAGCAGUUGCAGUGUGUAAUUUGCAGAAGUUUCCGAAACCUUUACCUCAGGAGUACCAGUACUUUGAUGAACUCAGUGGCAUACCCUCGGAAGAUUUGCCUUAUUAUGGUGGCUCAGUAGAAAUUGCUGACUACUGCCCUUUCAGUCAGGAAUUCAGUUGGCAUUUAAGUGGUGAAUAUCAACGCAGCUCAGAUUGUAGAGUAUUGGAAAAUCAGCCAGACCUUUUUAAAAACUACGGUGCUGAAAAAUAUGGCCCUCAUUCAGUUUGUCUAAUUCAGAAAUCAGCAUUUGUCAUGGAAAAGUGUGAAAGGAAGCUGAGUUAUCCGGACUGGGGGAGUGGAUGCUAUCAGGUUUCUUGUUCUCCACAAGGUCUGAAGGUUUGGGUUCAGGAUACUUCAUAUUUGUGUAGUCGGGCCGGGCAGGUCCUCCCCGUGAGUAUUCAGAUGAACGGCUGGAUUCACGAUGGAAACCUGCUCUGCCCAUCAUGUUGGGACUUCUGCGAGCUCUGUCCUCCAGAAACAGAUCCUCCAGCUAUUAACUUAACCCGAGCUCUACCCCUGGAUCUCUGUUCCCGUUCCUCUAGCCUGGUGGUCACCCUCUGGCUUCUGUUAGGCAAUCUCUUUCCUCUCCUGGCUGGAUUUCUUCUGUGUGUGUGGCAUUAGGAAUGGAAGAGUGAAUUCUCAAGACAUUCCUUUGUGUCAUGUUCCUCUGAACAAAGCACAGAAUCUGGGCAAGUGGCAGCCGAUGCAGGUGGCAGAAGUGGCAUUCCUGACUUUGGCUGGGAUGUGUUGACCACAAUCAGAUCUUGAAGCAGAGCUUCACAGCAGUCACUCCUCAUUGGCGACCCACAGCCUCAGAGUUUGGCGAAGAGAACAAAUUCCACAUCACCAAGUCUCUUUAUUUUCCAGGAUAGAUCACCUUGAAGUUUUCCUUUGAAAAUGGGAUCAUUGGUGAAACUUUCAGUAAUGACAUACCUCAGCAUUUUCAUUAACCUAAAACAAUGGGAAAGUUCAUCACUGCUGCAAUAAUUUAAAGAACAGCUAAUCAUUGCAAGAUUAUAAGUUGUGGACCCUGUCCUCAAAAGUAUAAGUUGUCCUUUGAUUUACAGAAAAGUAAUUUGAGUUGCAGUUCCUGCAUCACUCACUGUUUUACCUAUUAUGAAUUUAAUGACUGUAUAUGGUACAACUGAAUCAUUGUUCUAAAAUUUUUUAAAUUUGGUUUUUAAAAUUAUGUUUUGCUAAAUCUUAAUGAUAACCAUGCUAGCCUUUUUCAAACCAGCACUCUGGCAGUUUCCUGCCAAAUCAUUAUGUGUUGGUGGCUCUCUUUUAGCUGUAUCUGUGCUCAUUGCUCUUCAGAGAUCCUCUUCCAUUUGUAUUCUCCAUUAGUUUAAUAAUGACUUGAAAAACUGGGAGGCAGAAAGAGAAAAAUGUUCUGCCGCAUGAAAACAUAAGUCAAGACAAAAUGAUCUGAAUUGCUUACUGAUAGCAAAGUAUAGGUUUAGUGUGGGGCCUAUCCAGUAGAGUCCACUUUACCACACAAUGUAUGGCUUAGUCCACAGAAGUCAAAAGAUUGUCUUUGCGUUAAAAGGAGGUAAUGUCCUUUACCUCUUGCAUUUGAUGCUCUGUCACCACAUAGAUUCUGUCCCCAGAAACAGCUCCCCUCUGGUACCAGAGCUGACCAACCCCACUUAGUAAUCCCAGUUUGAAAUUCUUUGAUGAUGAAUGAUGAGAAGUUUUUCUCUCUAAAGCUAGCAAAGUCCUAUGGCAUUAUAAACACAACCCUUGGACAGGCAUGCAUUCAUUUAUUCAUUGUCUGGCCCUUUAAUUUAGUGUAUAGCCAUUAAGCUCUCAAUUUAAGAAAUUGUGCUAAGUGAACCAGAAGCUUAAUUACUAAGGAGUAAUUCCAGCUGACUGGCACUGGACCCAAACAGCAACCCCAGCAUAAAGGAGAAGUCACCUUUUUUUUAAUGCAUAAAUUUGAAAUACUUAUUUGCAUACAGGGUGUUUUUGUUUGUUUGUUUUUUGUUUUUUCUAGGGCCGCACUUGC